CCACCACCACUAUAUCAACCACCAUUACCCCCAAUUCCCUUCCUCUAUAUACCUCAACAUACCCCAAAUCUCAAAUCUUGAUUGUAUCAUAUUUCGAGUAUCUACAUAUAUUCUUAUUCGUACAUAUAUAUACAUAAGGCACAAUGUCGAACCCCAAUCUCAUGGAUAUUGAACCUGGUGGUGAAAGUACUCCGUAUGAAUCGAUUCGCUUGUUCACGGAAACACCGGAGAAGCAGACGGGGCAGUUGGGUGCUAAACAAUCAGGACAAUCGCAACAUACAGUGAGCGAGAUGCGGACGACAUUGGGGGAUGAUUCGAACGGCGGAAAUGAGGAACAAUUUCGGGAUACGCCGCUGGCACGACAGCUCGAGAAAGGGGAGGCUACGUCGGGGUUAUCUGGGAUUGUGGAUAAAGAUCUGAAGCCCGAGACCCCUGAGGAAGGGGCGGCGCUGGCGGCAAGGAUCAGGAGAGAACAAGGGUAUGGGCCUGGUUCGGGCGUCGGGGCUUAGACGUCAUGUCAUGUCACGAUGUGUGAAUGAUUGAAACCGGGGGUAAGGGACAUGAUUGAGGGGGAGGUUGGAGGGCGCGCGCUGGUGUUUAUUGGGAAGCAGAGGGGCUGGAGGAGGAGGAGGAGGUCGAGGUCGGGGGGUUGGGUUGAUUCUGUGUA